AUGUCAACACCCUCAGCAAAACCUCUACGAACCAUUCCUUCUCUUCAUGAAUUAUUGCAUGGAAGUAUUCAUCAACAUGAUGAAAACAAGUCAAUGGAUCAACCAUCCCACAAAACCUUUAAAAGUCAAGAACAACAUCAUCUCCCAAGUAUUUUGGGCUAUUCAACACCAACUACCUCUUUGAGCAUGACCACCAAGGUGAACUCGCUCCAGUCAUCACCUCGGCAUGAUGAUCAUCACGAAAUCAAAGUAGGUCAAACUACUACAUGUUCAUCUUCCAGGUACAACCAUGUAGUACCGAACAACAACAACAAUAACAGCAACUACAGGGAAAGCCAGGUGUUUCAAGCCCAAACAUCGACACACAGCGCAUCAGCAUUGAUCUCACAAGUUCAACCAUACAGGCGUCCCAAUUAUUCCUCUCACAUUAUACCGUCCCUUCCACCGACAACGACUUUGAGUUCAUAUUCAUCAUCGCCUGUAACAACAACAACAGCAACUUCUCUUCCGCCCUACAACCCACUUGAACCACAACAGAGCAACCUUCGAAGAAUUGAAGAAUUGGAACGUGAAUUGAGACAUCAGGCAAACAUCAUUGCUGACUUGGAGAGAGAAAAUGGAGAGUUGAGAAGAGAAUUGCAACAUGUGUUGUCAUCCAGAGGUUCCAUUGUUGCAUCUACCUCGAGUGGAAAUACAAAAGACAAAAACACAACUCAUAACUCUACAUCCGCCUUAAAAAGUACUGCCUCCUCUUCUUCUUCACCUCCUCCUCUACCGACAUCACAUCAUCCUUCCUUGUUUCAUACAUCAAACAGAACCUCAACACCAACUCAACAUCGAUAUGAAAGUAAUGCAACUCCAAACACAUUCAUGCUCGAGCAACACCAACAGCAAAGGCCAUCAUCCUAUUAUGCAGGUAGUACCACUUCGAAUCCAUGCAUGCAUGUCCAUGAUGCCCAUACAUGUAAUGAACUACAACCAAAGAAAAUACCAUCAGGGGAUCAUGCAUCAAGCAGCAUGCAUGCCAGUUACCAACAUCAUGAGGUGCCAAAUAGUUCCAGCUCACAUCAUCAACACCAUGAUUCGAAUGUAGAUCAUUACGUGCAUUAUUCGAGUAGCUCAUUGCAUGACAGGUAUCAUGCCAAUGUCACAUCAUCAUCAUCCUCUCCUCAAAAACAUGUUCCAUACUCGAAUGAAUAUCCUCAUCGACCACAUUUAGAUCCACACAAUAGCAAUUAUGAAAUGCAUUCCUACACAUCCACUCCUCUACAUACUCAGCAACCUUCCUCGCUACCACAACACCUUAAACGACCUUUCCAUCAAAUGCAUGAACAUGUUCCAACAUUUAGCACUCCAUCAGCACAACAAUCUAAAAAACAUGUUGCAACAUCAUCCACCUCGACCUCAGAAUCCAAAAAGAGAAAAACAAAAGCUCAGGAUUCCAAAAAAUCUGUCCCAUUCCCAAAAACCAUUUCCAUUGUGGAUGAAUCAUCGGAUCGAGAAAAUCAAUUAUCGGAUUUGGAGCUCUUUAAGGUCAAAUGGAAAGGAGAAGAAUAUGUUUUAGUUACUGCUUUCAAGAAUAGGACACAAAUUUUGAAUUAUUAUGUUCCCUUAUAUCAAAGUCAAUUUCCAGAUAAGCCUUGCAAAAUAGUUCUAAGCAAUGAGGAUUAUAAACAACUUUCUGUUGAAAAUCCUUCAAAUGUUGAAAAGAAGAAGCAUGCAUGGAGAGUUUCCGUCUUUACCAUUGAUUUUUAUAAUUUUGUGAAGAAUUUGCAGCAGAAAUCUCCACCUCCAGCUUCGUUUACUUCAUUGUCCUCUAUUCAACAAGCUUCUUCCUCAAUGAAUAAUAACACGAGUGGUAUUAAUCCGAACAACAACAACUAA